ACAAUGGUACAAACAUUACAACAGUACAAAUAAUAUAAGCCCGAGACAGUCUGCCACAUAAAUCAACACUACUAAAGGCUUUUGUACGUAAAUAGCGCAUACGUUUUGUUUAGCUUCUGUCAGCAGUAUGAACGAGAUGGAUAUUGAGGUCAGCGGUUUAAUUACGACUCAAGAGGAGAAACAGACGGGGAAUAAUAUGUUCCAGUUGCCAGCCAACAUUUUGUUAUCCCCACCCGCUGCCCGUGAAUGGUUCGGGAAGCGUAAGGAAACUGUUAGACCAUGGAUGGUUUUCAUCAACACAUCAAACUUCCAGGCCCCACGGAGCUUGCCGAGACUGACAAGGAGAAUUGUGAAGAACAUCGAGUAUUUUCAAAGCAAUUAUCUGUUUGUAUUCGUUGGUGUUGUCUUAUACUGCCUCAUUACAUCACCAUUGUUGUUGUUUGCUGUGGCAGCCAGCCUUGGAGCUGGUUAUAUCCUUCAUCUACGACAUGCUGAAGGGAAGAAGCUUACAUUGUUGUCACAUGAGAUACCACUGGCACAACAGUAUGGUGUUGUUGCCAUUUGUUCCCUGCCUGUUUUCUACUUGGCAGGAGCUGGCGCUGCCCUUUUUUGGGUGCUGGGUGCUUCCUUGGUAAUAAUUACUCUACACGCAGCUUGUUACAAUAUUGAUGCUGUGUUGAGUCAGGAUGAGAGCAGAUUUGACCUUGUAAUGGAAGAGGUCUGAUCAAAUAUGUAGCACAGUAUGUUCAUACACACUGUUUAUGUACAUUGAACAUAAUAUAAUUUAUGGAUACUAUUUCUGGUUACAGAAAAAUGUAAUAUUUUUUGAGCAUCUGAUUUUAUUUUAUAUAUACAUUUCAGUGUCAAUACAAAGAAUUUUCUACUAAUAUCGUAACAGGAUUUCCAGAGUUAUAUUGAUAUAGGAGGAGGAUGUGUAUUCAUAUAGAAUUGGACCGUAAAAAAACAUGUUAUGCAGAUGCUAAUUCUGACAGCAGUGGAUGAAUAGCUUAUGCAAAGCAGUGCACAGUGAUCAUCACAUCUUCAUGGACUAUCUAGAUCUAGCUAGAUAGAUAUAUCACUCACAUCUCAAAAAUAGGGUUGGAGAUGGGGGAGAAGAAGUAGUAUAGGGAAUUCUGCAGAACUGCAAAUUUGUGACAAUGAUAAUGUGACAGUGAGUCAGUCUUAAUUUUCCAGUGCUGCACACUGCUCAAAGAAAGAUCUUUGCAUUACCAUAGAAAUCUGAUUUUAUGUUGGAAUAAAUCUUUACCAAUAGUGACAUAUUAUUCUCAAACAAGCCCUGAGAAUAGAAAAAAUAGUAUUGGAACUAAUUAGAAAAUUUGAUUCAAUAGAUAAAAAAAUAUAAAGGUUGUACAUUUAACUUGAUUUCUCGUGCAUACAAACUUCACUCAGAAUAACAAAAUAUAAUAAAAUAACUAUCAUACUGUGAUUAUCAAAGGUUUAAAAAGUUAGAAAAACAUGAGAAGAGCUCCUGAUUUGUGUUUAUUACAAUGAAUGUCAUAAUACCUGUUCUGAAACAUGAGAUGGAUUUUUGUAGGGUGACAACAAAAGAAAUAUGAUCACAGAAUGAGCAGAACAGAUAAUCUCCCACUAUAUCUGGUUAAUAAAUGCAAAAUAUGAAUUUUAGGGAACGUGGAAUAAUGAACUGUGUGUUCAAACAGUGGAAAGUCCAGGAAGAAAUAAAAACAGUUUGGAAAGGAUAGAGUGAUACUCACUACAUAGAAGAUGUGUUGAGUUGCAGACAGACACAAAGAAAAAGACUGUAGACAGGCACAAAGAAAAUGAACGCUAGAAAUAUUUAGUUUUUGGACAACGUCCUCCUUCAGAAGUAGAAACACACACAUUCACACAAAAACUCACAUACACCCAGAGAUAGUGGCUCUGUGUGUGUGUGUGUGUGUGUGUGUGUGUGUGUGUUUUUGCUGUAUAAGUGGGUUGAGUCUUUGACCAAAAGCUGAAAUAUUUCUAGCUUUCUUUUUCAUUGACUCACUUCUUCCGCUAUGUGUGAGUAACAAUAUAUUUUUUCCAUAUUGUUGAACUGUGUAUUCAGAUUUUAUGGAUGACAGAUAAAAUGUUCGAUUAAAGAAAAGAAAUUACUGAAUGCAACUAAAAUGAACAGUAUUAUACUACAAGACAUUGUAGUUCCACAAAUAAGAAAAUUUUCUAUAGAGGCCACUGAUUGUGGUCCCAGAAGAUCACCUUGUGUGGUAAACAUAUUGAAAUAUAAGUUAUUCAAAAUGUUGUGCUGCAGUGGAAUACUGAAGAAAUUAUUUUAAUUUGUAAAAAGAAAUAAAAGGGGAGAUGGAAGAAACUGUAUUGAACAUUCAGGCUGCAUAAAGAACAUACGAGGUUGACUAGCUGAGGCACGCAGUAAUUGUGAAUCUUAUACUAGAGCAUUGAGCAAGGAAGAUAAGCAUAGCAAUGCGGAGGAGAUUAAUUCAUGGUAAUGAGAUCAGCAAAGAUAAGUCAUGAUGAAUGCAGUAAAAUAAAACAAUCAAUCAGUGAGAGUGGAAGAAUAGAGGACUGCACAGUAUUUUAUUAACAAUAAUAAACAUAAUCAUGCAGACGAGACACAUGUGCAUAUUAUUGUGAAUGAUGUACACAUUUCAGUGUUAGAACUGAACAUUAAAGGCAUUAAGAAAACAAUAGUAUGAGGUUGAUAUGGCUGGGCUUGCUGUAGCAACACUAAAACAUACAAUUUUGUAGGAAGUGGUAGUCAGUCUUCUUGUGAAAUAUCAUUAUUUUCACAUCAUUUUCAAUGCCAUUUUAUGGCAGUAAUGGGGAACACAAAAUGGAAAUAUUAAAAUCUGUUUUCUAUUCUUGCACCAUAUCAUACAAAGAUAGCAAAAAAUUCAAAUGUGCACAGUGGCUUGCAUAUCAAAUCAACAGAUAAAUAUUGUGAAGGUGAAUGAAUAAAAUAUAUAAACUUUAAAAAGCUAUACAUUACUAUUUUACAUUUUCAUAAGUCAAUACUUUUGGAAAUUCAUUUUCUCUGUGAUGUGAUAUAAAUUGUCAUGUGUCCAGAAAUUUUAUUUCAGAAUUCUAUUUUCCUUUUAAGAAGUCCAUGCUAUUAUUAAAAUAAGUUUAUCAAGCUUUUUUAACAUGUGUUUCUGAUAAUCAUGAUUGAUGAAACAUUGGUUUAUGUGAAACUCCUAAAAUCACUCAACUAAAAACUUGGAUAGACAGUCAAUACCUGUGAUAUUGUUGAAAUUGGUUUAAUAAAAUCCUAACCCAGUCAUACCUCCUGCAGUUCUCUGUAUAAAUUUAUAUUAGUUAAUGAAGAUGAGAUUAGACAUACAAUGACAUAUCAUGUGGCCAGUCAUUUCCCUCAGAAUCCUAAAGCUAUUUACAAAAUCUCAAAUGUGAAAAGACAAAUACAUUUUUUUUUUACCUGUGCUAAUUUAUUUUAUAAAUCGGAGUGCGUAAAAUGUAAAUAGGUUGCCCAAAUACAAUUCAAACCAUGUCUAUUUAUGAAGAUUUUGUAUAUAAAUUUUAUUUGUGUGCUGUGUAUUCUUUCAUAUAAAUAUUUUAAAAUAAAGUACCAUACUAACUUCC